AUGCAGAAGAACACCUGUGGUUUUAUUUACAUUAACUACAACAGUUCGAGCACCACAAUUACGACUAAUUCCACUGGCGUCGUUGCUCCAGGAACCAUCGCAGUCAGCAACGACAUGCAAUUUGGCAACACUUGUCCAAUUCUUUGGAACUUCUACUCCGCUGUUUCAACCGCCACGCUAUCUCCAACCGGUCUCAACGUUCCGGCUAGCACGAUCUUGACAGUUACUGCCGAUGUUAACGGCACAGCGACUUCGGGAAAUGGUAUUGCUCCAUCCCAAGCAUCCUCUCGUUUGUUAGUUCCAACAUUUAGUCCAAAUCCAUCAGCUGACAAUGCCCUUAUCCAGAAGAAAACAUUCCGUUAUUUCGAACGUGUAACCAACAAGUUCACCGUUCAAGCUGGUCAAUCCUUCACGUGGACGAUCACAAACGGUAUUGCUAAUCCAAAGAAAUGGAUCAUGCAACCUAUUAUCACUAAUAUGGCUGCAGGAUCUAGUUCUCUUCCAGAUGUGAUCAAUCCAUUCCGUAGUCCUUUCAGUAUCGUGCCAGCCACAACGAGUCCUUUCGCCGCCUUACGUAACUUACAGGUAACGGUAGGAAACGCCCCAAUCUGGAAUAACCCUGUCAACUUCGGCUACGAUCUCUUCGUUCAAGAAAUGUCGAAGUCUGGUGUUGACGGUGACCUAGACGAUGUAACAAACGCUGAUUUACUUUGUCAACGUCUAUGGGAAUCGCUUUACCGAUUCGUUGCUGUCGAUAUUCGCCGUCGUCUACCUAGUGAAGAUGGUGCGAGCAAGUCGAUCAUUGUUUCAGGCACGAACAACACGAACUACGCGCUCACGAUCUAUUACCAUAUUCUCCGUGAAGUCGUUGCUAGCGUCGACACUGCUAUAGGUACUGUAUCGCAAGGUCCAGUUCAACAUUAG